AUGAGGGUUGAGUUGGUGACAGCCAAGUGGGAGUGGAUGAGGGACUCGGUAGAAGCCAAGGAAGAGUGGCAGGGAGAAUUGGGAUCUGUUAGGGUGGAUUUGGAGGAAGAAUUGGAAACCGUUAAGGAGGAGCUGGGGAAAUUGAAAGCAGGCAAGGAGGAGGUGGAAGGGGAGUUGGUAGCAGUGAAGGGGGAGUUGAUAGCGAUGAAAGGGGAGCUGGUUACAAUUAAGGGACAGUUGAUUCGACAGAAGGAUGGCUUGGGGAAGGAAGGUGUGGAUGUCAAGGCUGAGUUGGCAGCGAGUGGGCGAUCGGCAGCAGUGGAGCAGGGCGAGUCAUCACAGCAUGAGGAGCUUGCUGUUGACGAGCAACUCAAACCGAGCAAAGGGGAUGUCAGUUCAGUUGCACUCUCAGUCCUUCAAUAA